GCUCGCGCUCAUCUUCAGUCAGUCCACUGCGCGCUCGCUCACUGUCCGCGAGAGUCAGCUGCAGCCACUUAGAGACUAUCUCUGACAAAUAGCCUUAUUCAAAGGAGGAAAACGCCAAGACUUCUGACAUCUCUUGUGUAUUUUGGGGGGGGGGUCACAUACAACUAUCCAAAGCGACAUGUGGAUUUACAAAAUUUUGCUCUGUGUGGCCGUUUUGGUUUACUCAGAAUCGAAGAGGCAUGCCCUACAAGACUACCAGAAGACUGAUGCCGUGCGCUUGGUCACGCCACCUGAUGUGUCCUACAUGUCCAAAGGCCGCAAGAUGAGUGUGGGAAAGUGUGCACGUCGCUGUAGCCGCAACAGGAAGCUCCAGUUCACCUGCAGAGCAUUCAACUUUGAUCAGAAAACUGCAAAGUGUCAUUUACUCUCCUAUGACAGCCUCACCGUCGGUGUCCGUAUGGAGAAUGACUUCAACUUUGAUCUAUAUGAGAAGAAAGACUUCAUGAGAGAAUGCAUCAUUGGCAAUGGACUCAACUACAAAGGAAAGAGAUCGGUGACCAAGAGUGGAGCCCAGUGCCAACUCUGGAAUUCCAAAACGCCGCAUGAACACAAUUUCUUACCCCUGAGGCACAAGCACAGAGAUCUACGGGAGAAUUUAUGUCGUAAUCCAGACAACACCACAACAGGUCCUUGGUGCUUUACCACAGACCCCAAAAUACGGCACCAGGACUGCAGCAUCCCACAAUGCUCGGAAGUGGAAUGUAUGACGUGUAAUGGAGAAAGUUACCGUGGACCAUUGGACCACACGGAGAGCGGCCGGGAAUGCCAGCGCUGGGACCUUGAUGAACCACAAAAACACCUUUUCCACCUUAAAAGAUACCCCGAUAAAGGUCUAAAGGACAACUACUGCAGGAACCCAGAUGGGCGCCAGAGACCCUGGUGUUUCACCACCGAUCCGAGCACUCCAUGGGAGUACUGUAACAUCAAACAGUGCGUUCCCCAUCGACAGUCAUAUAUUGCAAAGAAUUACCGUUGCAAGGAUCUCCGGGAGAACUACUGUAGGAAUCCUGAUGGUCGACAUCUCCCAUGGUGCUUCACGACUGACCCCAAUGUACCUGUGGCAUUCUGCACCAACAUCCCUCGCUGUGGCGUUACACUAUCUGACCCUGAAGAGUGUUAUACGGGCAUUGGUGACACAUACAAUGGAAAACGGGCAAAAACACGCUCUGGCAUCCCUUGUGCUCCAUGGAAAGACCACAGUGAAAGUAAUGAAAGAGAUGUGGACUUGCUGAUGGGUGAACAGGCGGGGGACUUCUGCAGAAACCCAGACAAGGACAAACAUGGCCCGUGGUGUUAUACCAACAGCUCAUCCAUCCCCUGGGAUUACUGCUCUCUCAAACCCUGUGAGCCCUCACAUAACUGUCUACCUCAAAAAGAUGAGGGUACAAAGACCUCAUGUUUUGUUCACAAGCAGGUGAGAAUCGUCGGUGGUGGGCCUGUCCGGAUUAAAGAAGGCAGCUGGAUGGUCAGCAUACAGAGAGGGAGCACUCACUGGUGCGGAGGUUCUCUGGUCAGGGAGGAGUGGGUGCUGACAGACAGACAGUGCUUCUCGUCAUGUGUGCCUGACCUAUCAGAGUAUAGAGUUUGGCUUGGUAUAUCCCAUUUGAACGAGUCGGGUGAGAAUGACUUCCACAGACAGGAGAGAAGAAUCUCGCAAGUCAUCUGUGGCCCGGAAGGCUCUAGUCUCGCUCUGCUCCGACUGACUCGACCUGCACUCCCAAGAGAGCGUGUCAGAAUUAUUCAGCUGCCCGUGGCGGACUGCAGCAUUCAGGAGGACACCAUAUGCUCUGUGUACGGCUGGGGUGAGACCAAAGGCACUGGACAUGAGGGAACAUUGAAAAGAGUUAAUCUGCCAAUAGUGAGCAAUGAACGAUGCCAGCAGCUUCACAAAGGGACAAUUCCGAUCACUAGUUCAAAACUGUGUGCUGGUGGCAGGAGAGAUGAAGGAGUGUGCGAGAAAGACUAUGGCGGCCCUCUGGUAUGCCAAGAGAGUAACAGUAAAGUCAUUGUCGGCGUGAGCAUAAACGGCAGAGGAUGUGCCCGACACAACCGACCGGCCAUUUUCGUGAACGUGGCCUUCUAUACUGGAUGGAUUCAUAAAGUAUUCAGAAAUUAUCCAAACUCAGAACUAAACAACUGAUGGAGAAUAAGCAGGCUUGAACAUACGAUUUGAGAACAAAAAUUCAGAAUCUCCAUAAAUCCGACAGGUUAUUUCUUGAUUUAAGGGUCACCUGAACAGCUCUUUUUGAAAAAGUUCUUGGGAACUUUCCCAGCUUGGCCGA